GAACGCAGAAGAGGUGAGGCGUGAAGACAAUGAGCUGCAAGGCGUGUCACAACACGUCAUCACCGUUGACGGAGAAGCGGUGACGUCCGUCAAUGGAAAACUUUUGGCCGGGCACACAGUUGGUCGGGACGCGGGUGACGACGUGGACCAGGUGUCCGUCUGUUCAUGUACGUGCGUGGGGCCAGUGCAGUACGACUACAACCGGGACAUACGGCCGGCGGAAAGGGCGGCCGCAAAUGCCGCAGCAGCGGCCGCCGUAGUAUACAACAGUCCGCCGACCGAACAACCCCUGCUGUCCAUGAAACGGGUGUCCAUAUAAGGACAAUGACAUCGAUGGAGAUUUAGGGUGGUUUUGGAGGACGGUAUACUCGUAGGCAUAUAUCGUACGGUCUGGAUCAGGGUUGCAGCAUGAUGCAUGAUAAUUUAGGGAUAUAUUAUUAUUAUAUGUUCAUUCCUCUUCCCAUGACAAAAUGUAAUAUGGUCUCUAAGUUUACUCGUCACUAUUGCAUGAAAUAUAGACGUGGUCAUAUUUAAUUGUACARAGUCAUUCAAUAGUCUUCGUCUGUUUUCAAAAAUGAAGAUAUUAGGAUAAAUUAUUAGUAGUAAUAAAUAAUCGAGUUUGAUCAAGUGUUUUGUAUUAUUCCGAUAGGUAUAUAAAUAUAAAUGCAGUAUUUUUCUCUUACGUCUAUCCCGUCAUCAACCGUCGACAAUUCAUCAAUCAUUACAAACGCUAAUAGUAAUAUACUGUUUAUUAGCUAAGAAUCAAAAAAAUAUUUAAUAAACUCGACUGUCUAAUGCUUACAAUAAUUAUAUAAGGGUC